AUGGUCCAAUUAAAACAAGUGUCUUAUCGAUUAAAAUCAAUAAGGAAUAUUCAGAAGAUUACUAAGACUAUGAAGAUGGUUUCAGCAAGCAAGUUCACUAAAGCAGAACGAGAAUUAAAAUCGGCCCGAGCAUUCGGCUAUGGCCCACGUAAGUUUUACGUUUCGAGUCAUUUACAAAAGGACGCACUCGAUGACGAAGAAAAGCGUGACAAAAAAACCAAAGAUGAUGCCUCACCACCGCAACCUGCUGAAGAUAAAAAGCAGGGCGAUGAACCGAAGAGUAAAAUUCGGAGGAUCUAUAUCGCUAUGACUUCAGAUAGAGGUCUGUGCGGCGGCGUUCAUACUGGUGUGGCGCGCCGAAUUCGACGCACAUUAACGGAUCGCAAUGCGGAAGCCCAAACCCACAAGUUGGUCUGUAUCGGCGACAAAGCACGGUCGAUGCUCAGGUCAGCCUACUCCGAUCAUAUGCUACUGUCUGUUAAACAGAUUGGUCGCGUAAGUCCAAUAUUCAAGGAUGCUUCUACUGUAGCUAAUGCUAUUGCCGAAUCCGGGUUUCCUUACGACAUGGCUGAAAUCUAUUACAACAAGUACCAUAGCCCCGUUAAGUACGAAAUAUCUACCUUACCUGUCUUCAACAAGUACAGUAUCGAGAUGGCGCCAAACAUGCAUGCCUUCGACGAUAUAGAAGAAGACCAGCUCGAAAGUUACGCUGAAUGGACGCUUGCAGCAUUGCUAUAUUACGCACUAAAGCAGUCGGCCGCCUCCGAGCAGUCGGCCAGAAUGUCAGCUAUGGACAAUGCCACGAAAAACGCGGCCGACAUGAUCAGGGAUCUGUCGCUGCUGUACAACAGGACCCGGCAGGCUGUCAUUACCAGAGAGCUCAUCGAAAUUAUAUCGGGCGCUUCCGCUUUGAAAUAA